UCACAAUGAAGGCCUGCAUCUUCUUUCUUCUCCUGGGAAUACAGGGGGCAGCGGCAGUGACCCACUCUCUGAAGUAUUUCUACACUGGAUCCUCUCAAGUCCCAAACUUCCCAGAGUUUGUGACUGUUGGGAUGGUUGAUGAUGUUCAGAUUGAAUAUUAUGACAGCGACACAGAGAAAGCUGUACCCAAACAGGACUGGUUUGCCAGGAACACAGAUCAGCAGUACUGGGAGAGUCAGACUGGGCUCUUUAAGGGCACCCAGCAGACGUUCAAAGCCAACAUUGAGAUUUUAAAGCAGCGCUUCAACCAAACUGGAGGUGUUCACAUUGUCCAGCAGAUGUACGGCUGUGAAUGGGACGAUGAGACAAAUGAGGUGGACGGAUAUGAGCAGUUUGGAUAUGAUGGAGAAGACUUCAUAACAUUUGACCCGCAGACAGAGACGUGGGUCGCUCCUAAACAACAGGCUGUGGUGACCAAACACAAGUGGGACAGUAACAAAGCUUUUAUAACCAGUGUGAAGAACUAUUACACUCAGAUUUGUCCUGUGUAUCUGAACUAUGGGCGGAGCUCUUUAAUGAGAACAGUUCUUCCCUCAGUGUCUCUCCUCCAGAAGUCUUCCUCCUCUGCCAUCAGCUGCCACGUUACAGGUUUCUACCCUGACAGAGCCGAGAUGAUCUGGAGGAAAGAUGGAGAGGAGACUCAUGAGGGUGUGGAGAUAGGAGAGAUCCUCACCAACAAUGAUGGGACCUUCCAGAUGAGUGUUAACCUGGAUCUGAGAUCUGUUCCAGCUGAAGACUGGAGGAGGUACGACUGUGUGUUUCAGUUCUCUGGCAUCAAUGAAAACGUCACCACCACACUGGAUAAAACAGUGAUCAGGACAAAUGAAGCCUCGACAGAAGUGCCCAACAUCACGAUCAGCCUCAGCUCCAGCCCCACUGCCGUCCCCAUCAGCGUACCCAUUGUCACUGCUGCUCUUGUUCUUGCUGUUGUUGCACUAAUCGGAUUCAUUAUUUACAAAAAGAAAACUGCUAAACCUUCUAAACCUUACAUGAAGACGUCACCUGAAAAUGAUCCUGAAAGGAGCCCUUCAGAUUCAAAACCUUCUUCAGACAUAACCAUCAAAACUGAGCUGAUGACAAAGUAAUUCUGACAAAGAGUGAAAUCUGCAACAAAGGAGACAGUUUGAACACUUGGACUAACUUCACUUCAUGAGGAUUCUGCAUCACUGAACUCCUGAGAAAACAUUUCUGCUGUAAUGGAAGUGGACUUUUUUUAUUCCAUGACACAACUUGUGACUGAAACAUACACAAACGACCUCAAACAACAAAAAUGAAUCAAAUUUUUACUUUUAUGUCAUAGAAAAAAAAAAGAAUGACUAUUUUCUGUGAGAAAAGUUACUUUUUAGCCAAACUAACUUUAUUUAUAAAGUGCUUUAAAACAGCAAGUGCUGACCAAAAUACUUAACAUUAAGAACAGAAUAAAAAUUAAAAAAUAAAAUAAUUAAUUAAUCAAUAACAACAACAACAAUUAUAAUAAUAACAAUAAUAAUAACAUAAACACAUAAAAAUAAAACUACAUAAAUAAAAACACUGAAAAAAACACAAAAAGAACAAUUUUAAAUUUUUUAAGUAUAAUUUUAUACUGUAGGUCUUUUUUUUUAUAUAAUAAUAAGUAAGUAAAGAUGAUCCUGAAGAAGAAAAACUACAUCUGUAGGAAUUAUGUGUUUAUUUUCCUCAGUGUUUGGUCUGAGUGUGUAUUAACAUUAUUCAGUUUUAAUGCUACAGCAGUUAGUUCUGUUUGAUUUUAGUUUAACUCUGGAUGACUUUCCUGACACAACCUCAAAGGGGAUUUGUGUUUUCAGCUGAAAUUGAACCAUCAACCUUUUGCUUACUAGGUCAGUAUGCUAACCACUGCACCUUUGUAGGCAUCAUGAUUUAAGGUCAAUAAGUUGAAAAUAAUAGUUCUCUGAUUUGCUCUGCUUUGAAUUAACUGCAGAUCAGUUCAUUUACACUCACUUUACAAUCACUGUUUUUUUAAUGAGCAUCAACAUGAGAUGUCUUGAAAUAUUGAGUUUAAGAUUUAUAAAAGUUGUCAUAAAUAAUUUGUUGUAUCUUUAAUAAAAAUAUGAAUACGCUGAUUAAAGCCAUAAAUGAGGUAUUGCAAAGAAAAGCUGUACUCCAUUAUUGCCACAUUUAUGUUUUGUUCAAACCCUGGUACAUGUGACAGUGAUGAACAGUCAUGACUUUAAUGGUAACUGUAUUACGUAAAUACUACAGAGACAUGUAUGUGCAUAUUUUAUUACUGUUUGUUGUGUUAGACGGUUAAUGCUGCUAUCAAAGUUAUAAUGUGUGUGUGUCUGUGUGUGUGUGUGUGUGUGUGUACCUAAUGUGGUGUUUAUUGUAAAUGUUAUUUAUGUUGGAUGUUUCAGGUCAGCUGUGUUUUGAUUUAUGGAAUCAGGGAAAUGAGUCUUUGUUUUGUUAGACUACUGCACUGUCUCUACACUUGUACAUCUGAAUAAAUGUUUAACAUUGUGA